AUGCCUUCCGUAAUGGAAAAAUCGGGGAUCUUGUCCAGAAGUCGCUCCAAGUCAGCAAGCAACGGCGGGCACCAGAACUCGGAGGAUGACAGCAGCGAGGAGGAGCACUCGCACGACAGCAUGAUCCGUGUGGGCGCAGAUUACCAAGCUGUGAUCCCAGAGUGCAAACCAGAGAGCCCGGCUCGCUACAGCAACAAGGAGCUGAAAGGGAUGCUUGUCUGGUCUCCCAAUCAUUGUGUCUCGGAUGCCAAGUUGGACAAAUACAUCGCCAUGGCCAAGGAGAAGCACGGUUACAACAUAGAGCAGGCCCUGGGGAUGCUGCUGUGGCACAAGCAUGAUGUGGAAAAGUCCUUGGCUGACCUGGCCAACUUCACGCCCUUCCCGGACGAGUGGACGGUGGAGGACAAAGUCCUCUUCGAGCAAGCGUUCAGCUUCCACGGCAAGAGUUUUGCUCGGAUUCAGCAGAUGCUUCCUGAUAAACUGAUUCCCAGCUUGGUGAAGUAUUACUACUCCUGGAAGAAAACAAGGAGCAGGACGAGCGUGAUGGACCGGCAAGCCCGGAAGUUGCUCAGCAAGAAGGAGAAGGAUGACAGUAACGAUGAACUGGAGGAAACACGGCAAGCUAGCGAGGGUGAAUUUGAUGCCCUAGAUCCCAAGAAGGAGCCUAGUUACCAGAAACCGCUGAACAAACCGGGGCCCGUGAAGAAGGAAGUACAACUGUCACAGUAUCGGCACCACCCCCUGCGUGCCCGUCGGCGCCCCCCAAAGGGCAUGUACCUCAGGCAGGAGGACAUCACCGGCCUCUCCGCCAGCCCCGACAUGGCCGCCCUCACGCUGCGCCACCUGGACUCGCAGCUGGUUUCCCUCAAGCGGCAGGUUCAGAGCAUCAAGCAAAUCAACAGCAGCACAAAGCAGGUGUUAGAAGGAGGGAUAGACAAACUGCGCCCGCCGGAGACAAACAUCAAGUUCAAUUCACGCUGGACGACCGAUGAGCAGUUGCUGGCAGUGCAGGCUAUCCGAAAAUACGGCAAAGACUUCCAGGCCAUUGCCGAGGUGAUCAGCAAUAAGACGGUGGCCCAGGUGAAGACUUUCUUCGUCAGCUACAGGCGCCGGUUCAACCUGGAGGAGGUUCUCCAGGAGUGGGAGGCCGAGCAGGAGGGAGCGGGCCUGGCCGCCCCGCAGGGCAGCUCCCCUUCGCGGGACCACAAGAGCUCCAGCGCGUCGCUGGCGAGCAGCGAGGAGGAGGACGAGGUGCAGAUCACGGCCGUGUCGCGGUCCUCGCAGGAGCCGCAGCGGCAGCAGCCGCCCCCGCCGCCCCCGCCGCUGCCCCUCCCGGCCUCCCCCCGGCCGCCCCCGGCCGCCCUCUCCCAGCCGCCCCCCCUGCUGAGGCCCACGCUCCCCACGGCGCCCAGCCUGCACCGCCAGCCCCCCCCGCUGCAGCAGGGCCGCUUCCUCCAGCCCAGACUGUCGCUCAACCAGCCCCCGCCCCCGCUCAUCCGGCCGGCCGCCUCGCGACAGGCGCCCCGCGGGGGGCAGCACCCGCCCCCACUCCCCAGCGGGUCGGGGGAGCCCCCCCCGCCCGCCCCCGGCUCCCUCUGA